AUGGCUCAGUAUGUAAGGGAAACAACGACAACGACGACUGAAUAUAAUAAGAAUAAUGUAAACAAUAGUAAUGCUUACUAUGCCGAGCAACAACAGGAUGCUAUUAAUGUACUUAAUGGAACCACCACUGCUAAUAAUACUACUGCAACUUUGCCAACGGUUACCAAAGACCAGAUAUAUGACAACAGUGCAGUAGGUUACAGCUACGAUGCGUCUUACUAUAAUGGUCAGGAUUAUUCUCAGUAUUAUGAUUAUUCGCAACAGCAACAAUAUUACGAUACAAAUCAGCAGCAAUACGAUCCAAAUCAACAUCAGUACGGACAAGCCACUUACGAUUCUUCGUAUGGCUACUACUAUGGUCAGACCUAUGAUCCUAGUCAACCGUAUAAUUCCUCACUCUACUCCAAUGAUCCUAGUAAUGCUUAUUAUUCGUAUGCUCAAAAUGCAGCUACGUCGAAUGAGCAACAACAACCGAUAUAUCAAGCUGCUGCUGUGUGUCCCAUCUGCGAUGUUAAAUUUGAAAUAAAUUAA